GUUGGCAAAACUUGGCCCAGAGAUCACUUACAGAAAAUGGCUCCUAUAGACUUGGAAACAAUCUUGAAAAUACCUGUAAAUGCCAUAGGAGACAAAGAUGUUGAAGAUGAGUAUGACAAAAUAUAUGAUGAAUUGAUUGAGUUCGAUCCUGGAGGGAAUGUUGAUGCUUUGAAACUGUAUACACUGUUUCUAGUUACUAGAAGUAUUCUGAAGUACAAAGGGACCAUGGCAGAUGUUGCUCUAGCAGAACUUGAGGAAAUAGCCGAAAGCAAAGGCAUCAAAAUAGCUCAGAGAGAGGAACAGCUACAAAACCAAGUUGAUGAGCUCCAACGUGAAUUAAGAACAUUUAAGCGUAUUAAUGGUCAACAAGGAGAUUCAGCUCAACUUAAAAGAGAACUUUUAGAAUUGGAGAAUCAUGUGGAAUUGCUGCAAGAACAACUUCAAAUAAAAGAAAAAGAACUUGAAAAUGAAAAGGAUCUCUCUGAAAAGAUAAUCCAAUUGAAAGAGGAACUUGGUUCUUACCAAUGCCAACUUGAGUCUUUAGAAGCUGAGUCUGUACUAAGUAUGGAAAAGAAACAGUUGGCUGAGACCUCAAAGAUGCGUGAGAAAAAUCAACAACUGCACCAGUUAUUGGUUGAAAAUGAGGAAUUAGAACUUGCAAACAAAAAGUUAUGCCAACAAGUAACAGAAUUGAGAAGCAAGUUGGAAGAUGCUGUGGAGCAGAUGGAUAAAACUACAAAUGAUUACAUAAAAACCAAGGAAUCUCUUCAGCAAUUGGAGUCAGUUACUGAAUCUCAGUGUAAGGAAAAGGAGAUGCUGUUAGCAGAGAUAGAAGAUCUACGUCAACAGAAUGAACUUAGAGCAGAAACAGAUGAUGAAAUUAUGGCAACUGUUAGUCAGAGAGUAGAGGAAUGGAAGAUAGUAUUGCUGAGCAAAGAUGAAGAAAUUGCAAAACUUCAAGACUUGGUUAGAGAUCUGAAGACUCAAGCUGCUGUUGCUGGACUGGAUGCUGAGAACGCAACAUUAGCUGUUUUAACAAAGGCAAUUGAAGAAAGAGACCAACAAAUUAUCACACUGAAACAGCAGCUAGAUCAAGCAACAGAGGACAUUGAAAAUAAUGUUCAUUUCAUAGAUGACCUCAAGACCCAUUUUGAAAUGGGGACUUCAGAGGUUGACAAAGAACGGACAUCUAGGAUAUUUGAACUUCAGAGUUCUUUGCGAGAAAAAACUGAUGCACUAAAGAAGACACAAGAGAUGUUAGGAAAAGUUGAAGAAGAAACUAAACACAAAGACAAACUUCUGACUGAAACAUUGUCUCGUUUGAGACAGUAUGAAAUGGGGGAGUAUGGACUUGCUGAUGCUGUUGCAGAAAUCAAACUGUACAAGAACCAAGUUAUAGUAAGAGAUAAGCAAAUUGAAGACUUGAUACAACAGGUAAACAAACUGGAAAUCCAUGCUGAGGAGCUUUUUGAGGAAAAUGAAGUUGUUAGAGAAAAGUUAGGGAUGGAUGCUCGUCAGCCUCUUAAUGUGACUAGGAACCAUCAAAAGGACAGGCAUUUGAAUGUACUUUUACAACAAGAAAUAGAGAAACUUGAAGAAGAAAGAGUGGAACUCCAGCAAAAGCUGAGGGAAUUAUCAAAGCAAGUAAAAGAAAGGAAGCCAGAAAGUUCUGAAUCUGAAAAGAAAGACAUACCAACUCCUCAUGAAAACAUUCAAAAAGAAUUUAUUGAAGUGAAAGAAACAAAAUUCCAAGAGUUAAAGGACUUAACUUUGAAGUUGCAGUGUGAAAACAAUGAACUAAGAGCAAGAAUCACUGACAUUAAUGAAGAAAACCAAGAAUUACAUCAAGGCAUGAAAGAAAUCCUCCAGUCAAUCAAAGAGCAAAAUGAUAGAACAGAUACUGUAUUGCAAAGUCCUGCACUAGAGAGACUAAUCAAGGCUAUUGAAACUAAGGAAUUAAGUGGAAGUUAUAAUGCUACCUGGAGGCUAAAGACAGAAGUAAAUCACUUAAAAGGUCGUAAUGAUGCACUUCAAACUGAAUUAAGAAAUGCCAGACGUGAUUUUUCAGAGAUAUUAACUAACAUGAGAGAAAGUAAAGAAAAUAUGCAAAGAUCACAAGGUCAACUUCUCUCAAGUUCAGCAGCACCACCUCAGCUGGAAACAUUCCACAUGAUUUCAGAAGAGUUGCUGAACCCAGCUGUGAAAAUUGACACUAGGUUGAGUACUCUGAACUCUCAUCUCUUAAAUGUUUUACACGAGUUUAAGAAGGAACAGGAAAAAAAUGAAAACAUAGAAAAAGAACUUGAAAGAUACUGUCGUGAAUUAGCUGUUGUUCGAAGUCAACUGGGUCAGCUUUAUGAAGAACAUUUGAAAUUGAAAAAGGAAUACAAUACUGAAGCUGAAAAAUUUAAGAAGGAUAAAGAAGAUUUGCUGGAAGAAAGAGCUGUUGAUAAGGUGAAGAUUGAGGAAUUCCAGCGAUUACUUGAAACACUGGAAAAGGGAAAUGAAGAGAUUGAACGACAAACAGUUGAAAUGUUGAGAAAGGUGAUGACUUUAAGAAUCAAUGAAACUGUUCUGAGUCGGAAGUUUGCAAUAUUACAAGAAGAAAGAAACAUGUUGAUAAAGGAAAAUGAAAAAGUGAAGAAAGAUAUGAUUGAUGUGGAGAUUGCAGUCCAAGAAAGGAUUGGAUUUUUAGAAAGAGGAAAAGAAUUGAACACUUACAGGAUAAAUGCUCUUCAAAAAGCACUUCAGAAAUCAGUACCAACAUCAGAACUAGAAGCUGCUAACAGACAGAUUGCUGAAAUUAGUAUAAAGUACCGUGAUUUGUUAGAACACAUAAAUGAUUUCAGUUUAAAAACACAAGAAGAAAAAAAAGCAGAGUAUGAGGUGAAUAGACUUAAAGGUGAAAACCUUGCCUUAAAACGGGAACUGGAGACAGAUAAAGAGAAGUUGCACAGAUUAGAGAUAAUGGUUCAAGAACUGGGAAAAGGAGGACGCAGUAAAGAAGACAUUGUUGUUCACAGUGAAAAUGUAUCUCUAUCUCAUCGCAUGGCCAUGGUGGAAAUGAAAGAAAUCAAUGAACGACAGCGAGCUGAUCAUGCAACUCAUUUAUAUCAGCAACAACAAUCAACCUUGCAACGACUUGAAGCAAGAAACAGUGAACUGGAAGAAAAGUUUAAUGAGGUAGUUCAUCUCAACAUGGACAUUCAGCAGGAAAAGAAAGAACUUCAAGAACGUUUAUCAGUUUGUGUCUCCAAAGAAGUUCAUGAAGCAGAUGAAAAACGUAUUAAUGAGUUAGAAGAACUGGAAAUAACAUUACGUCAGGAUGUAUCAUGGCUGAAAGAAAUAGCAGAUGUUGCACAACACCAGGUAGAAGCUCUGGAAUCAACAAGAACAAACCAAGCACAAAAAAUCCAAGAGCUGCAGCACCAUUUGAUUGACCUGCAGGCUCAAAAUGAUGAACAGUUUAAAUUAGGGAAACUUUAUCGUCAGAUUCUGACUCUCCAACUCAGUGAAGGGUCUUUAAAUCAAGAGGCAGAAAAAAUGAAACAAGAGAUUUCUAAGCUAGAAUCGAAGUGUUUGAAACUUGAACAAAGAUGUCAGGAAAAAGAAGAGAUUAUAUAUCAAGUUCGUCAUCAAACCCAGAGUAGAGUAUGUUUUCUGUCUAAAAUAAUCCAAGAAAUGAGGCGACAGUAUAGUGGAGCUGUUCCAUUGGCUAAGCAAGAAAAACUUGCUUUUGAUUUGGUUCAGUUACGGUCUGAAAAACUUGAGCUAGAGAAAGAUUUACAAUUUGCUCAAGAGAAACUUAAUUCAGCAGAAGGCAAAGCAGCUAAACUGGAAGUCAGAACCAAAGGUAUGGAGGAGGUGUUGCAAACGUUCAAAAAUGAAACAGCAGCACAAAAGUUAUUAGAAUGGUAUAAGAAAUUAGAAGAUCUGCGAAUAAGUGAACUUCAGUCUCGGCGAAAGAGUGAAUUUGCUUCUCAACAAGCCAGUCGUUUGGAAAAUGUUGUUAGUCACUUAGAAAACAAAGUUUCAAGUCUAGAAGAAUUAAAUGUUAAACUAGAAAAAAAUAUUACAGACAACCAACUGGAGUGGGAGAAAAGAGAACUUGAACUGGUAGAACAAGUAGAAAGGCUUCAGAAAAAAAUAGAUGAAAUGUCAGCAAUCUCUUUUAAUCAAGCAGACACAACAUCAGAACAAGACAAAACUUUAUCUACAACUGAACAGCUACAUCAGGCCUUUACGGUCAUUAAAGUUAAGUCUCAGAUGUUGUCAGAAAGUCAAGAGGAAGCUAAAGCUUUAAAACAGAAACUCUGGAAAUUAGAAGAACAGCUAAAAGAAGCUGAAAUUUCCAUAUUAUCAAGAAAUAAGGUGAUUGGAGAGCUACGACUAGUUGUUCCAGAUUCAUCCAAAACUGUGUUCCAACCACCUGUAACCCUUGAAGAUAACCUUAUAGAAGCUAAACAAGCACUUAAGGUGUCCCAGUCAAAAGUAGAAUAUUUGGAGGCGAGGUUAAUUCAAAAGGAAGAAAGUUUAUCACGCUAUAAGGAUUUAUUGGCACAAGCCAGAAGUGAUUUAGGAAUGGAACAACAACAGUACGAGAAAGAAUUAAAAACAAUGGAACAUCGUUUGGUUAAUCGGGAUAUUAUUCCUUCCAGAAAUCAGAAAUGUAAUUCUGAUCUUGAUAACAAAACUUCUGCAUAUUUUCUUGCACAUAAACAUCUUUCACAAGUAACCCAGCUGGAGGAGUUGUUAGUGGAAAAGGAGCAAAAAAUUGCAAUACUGACUCAGCAAAAUAAUAUUUCACUGGAGGAGAUAGAAAUGUUGAAGAAAGAACUUAUCAAUAAGACCAAAGAAAUGGAAGCUUCUCAGAAAUGCUCAGAACAGAAACUGACAAAUAUGUUACAAGAGGCUGAACAGAAGCUAGAACUGAAGGAGUUAGAAAUUAAAGAUCAACAGAUGCAGGUGGAUACUUUACAAAAAGAAGUCACAGAACUUAAAGACACUGCCCUGAAAAGUCCUAGCAGAGCUUUAAAAAAUAUGGUAGAGAGACUAAGUUGUCAGAUCUCAGAUAAAGAGAAACAGCUGCAGGCAUUAAGUAAAGCAUUGACUGAUUUGCGUGCUAACAUGGUGAAUGCAGUCAAAGAGAGUAUGACAGCUCAGCAACAACAUGCAUCCGAUCAACUUUCUGUGCAAGAGAUGAUAGAAUCCAAAACAAAGCCUCUGCAGUUAAAACUCAAGCAACUAGAAUUACAAAAUGGUAAACUGAGGAUGGAAAAUCAAAGACUUUAUAAAGAGGAGGAAAUGUUGAAUAGCGAGUUAGAGCAACUAAAAAGUGAGAUAGGAAGAAAGAAAAAUGUGUUAGAGAUGGAAAAGGAAGAGUUAAAAAAACAAGUCCAUAAAGCAAAGAGUUCCACUCAGCAGCAUACAGCUAAAUCUGAAGUACUAGCAAAAACUUCAGAAGUUUUAAAGCUACAAAAGCAAAUUCAAUCUUUAAAGGAACAACUUAAAAAGCAACAGCCAGCUGAGAAGCCUUAUGAUCAAGAUGAAAAAACAGCCAAGUCUCAAAGGGAAGUACUACAGUGGGAAGAAAGAAAAAAGUGUCAGCAGACUGUUCAAAGACUCCAUAGUCAGUUGAAGAACAAAGAGCAAGAGCUAGAGAAAGUCCAAAAAUCUAGCAAACUACAGAGAGAACAGAUUGAAGAAAGUAGAAAAACCUCUGUGGAACAUGAAAAAACUAUAGCUGCUUUGCAGAAAGUAGCAGAGAAAUUACAGAGGGACAAUGAAAAACUAAAAGUACAAGUUUCAGAAAAUAAGAUGAAAAACAAAGAAAGAGAGCUUGCUACAGUAGGAAUUCAAACAGUAAAGAGUGACGGUGAAAGUAAAAAAUUGUCAAUGCUUAAUAGUCCAUCCAGAACUAAAACAAUGGAUCAGAAAACUAGUGAUCUUUUGUUAGAAACUGAAAAACUAAGAGAAGAACUAACUAAGGAAUUAUUUUCCCUUACUUUUGAUACAUUUGGAUCAAUGAUGGUUGUCAUUAAAAGUAUUGGAAUACAGCAAUAUGAUAUGAGCAUCGUAUUAAAGAUACUAAAAGAAGCAGCUGAAAGAGAGAAGAGAUUACAGCAAGAACGUGAUGAACUUGAAGAGAGGGUAAAAACAUAUGAAACUAUUGAGUUUUGCCAGGAUGAUGAUUUAGAAAGUGUACUUGUUCAAGCCAAAUUCAGAAUUCAAACAUUAGAAAAUCAAAACAAGGAUUUGAUGGAAGAACUUACACAGUCCAAAUUAGAUGCAUCGGGAAGUAGUGAGACUGAUGGAUGGCGGUAUAACUCUUCAAAAAAACGACAAUUUGAUGCUCUUCUGCAAGAAAACUCUGAGCUCAGUGUUAAAGUUCGAACAAUGGAAAUUGAAUUAAAAAGGAAAGAUAAUGAGUUGCAAGGGAUCAAAAACUUUCAGAGAGAACAGAAAGAGAACCAAGUUUUACAACAAAAAUGACAUUCAUAUGAGAUUAAACUACUACAGUUCUCACACCACUCAGGAAUUUCGAGUCAUCAUUCCAUCUACUGUUUGAAAUCUCAAACUGUUUUAGUUUUACAUUACAGAGCAUUGAGAAUGUAUAGAAAUAAGUUAUGAUCUCAUUAUACUUUUAAUUUAUAUUA